UCGUCGCGCGUCGCCGUCAUGGCAGCCGAGGAAAAGGACCCCCUGAGCUAUUUCGCAGCUUAUGGGAGCAGCAGCUCAGGCUCCUCGGACGAGGAGGAUAACAGCGAGCCGGAGGAGACAAGGCGCAGGGCUGCAGAUCCGGCGAAGUCGGCGGGCGGCGGUGGGAACAAGACGGAGAAGCGGCUGCCGGGACCCGACGAGCUGUUCCGGAGCGUGACUCGUCCGGCCUUUCUCUACAAUCCGCUCAACAAGCAGAUAGACUGGGAAAGGCACGUCGUCAAGGCGCCUGAGGAGCCUCCAAAGGAAUUCAAAAUCUGGAAGUCAAACUAUGUGCCACCUCCGGACACCUACACUACUGAGAAGAAACCUCCCCCUCCAGAGCUGGAUAUGGCAAUAAAAUGGUCUAACAUAUAUGAGGACAAUGGUGAUGAUGCCCCCCAGAACGUUAAGAAAGCUAGGCUCCUGCCGGAAGGGGAGGAGACAGUGGAAUCAGACGAUGAAAAAGAUGAGCAUACUUCUAAAAAACGCAAAGUAGAACCAGGAGAACCAACAAAGAAGAAAAAGUAGAAAACAAAAAAUGACAAUUUUGGACUGGAAAACUUACUGAAAUGGUUUCUUUGGCAGAUAAGUUGAUACUGUAAAUUAUUAUGAAAUAUUAUCUCCAUGAAAGUACAUGUUAAUUACCUAAUAAGUAUUGCUGCAGGAACUUUCCACUGUAGAAUUCACUUUUUAUUUAAAACUUAUAUGUAUUUAAAAUUCAAAUGGUGACUUGUGAUUGUGAGGUUGACAACACUUGGAAGCAUUCUUGCUAUCACAGAAUUGGUGACAUGUUUUGAGAUUUCUGUCACAUGUUGACAUGCCAGUGUUCUAUGAACCUUUUAUAAAGGAAUAUAUUUUUAAAGUAAAUAUAUUGUAAUGUACUGUGAACUUGUAGGGUGCUUUUCAACAGUUUGUACAGUGUAAAUAGAUCAUGGAAAUAAAAUUACUUAUUCAAUGUUACCAUUACUGCAUAACAUUAACAUUUAAAUAUCUGUGACAGAUACUCUUUGCCAUGUGAUCUUAAUAGUAGGUAUUGCCAUUUAGGGAGUGCCUCCUAUGUUCCAGGUGCUUUGUGCAGACAUUACCUGUGAUCCUCCAACAGCCUAGUAAAGCAGGUAUUAGUAACCUCAUUUUAUAAUAAAGAGUGAUUAACAGCUAGUGAGCUGUGAAUUUGGGAUUUAACUCAAGACACUUGAACUCUAAUACCAUCACACCACCAUCAAUCCACCAAUCAAAAUUUAGGAACUGCAAUUGGCAUCUUUUCCAGGUACUCUUCUGUGCUAGUCAGUAGAGAUCCUCUCCUCACUUAAUUGUAUUACUGCACUUAUCAUAUAUGCCUUAUAUUAUGAAAAUUCAUUGAUUUCCCUGUUAAAUAGCAAGUUUGCUGAAGAUAAGGAUCUUCUACAAAGUUGCCAGAUGCCUCAAAUAAAAAUACAGGACACUCAGUUAAGUUUGAAUUUUAGAUAAACAACAAAUAAUGUUUUAGUGUAUGUAAUAUUUAAGAUCUAUUUAUACUAAAACUUAGUUUUUCUGAAAAUCAAAUUUAACUGGGAAUCUUGUACUUUAUCUGCCAACCCCACUUCUACGUGUUUUCUCUAUCCAGCUUCUAUUUUAAUGCUUCGCAUAUAGUAAUAAUCAAGAAAAUCAACAAGGUUGUAGUCAGGAAGAUAAUCUUUGAUUUGACUUCUACAAUCCAAAAUGCAGUACUAUUAAUUUGUAACAUUUUGAACAAUAAAAAGGAGAAAUAUACUGCAUCAGUCUUUCCAGGAUUCUUAUGCCUUUGAAAGACAAUGUUAAUUACAAGACUUUGUGCAUUCAAUGUAUAAGAAACGACAUUAGUUCUUGGGUUUUAAAAAAUCCCCAGUCCAGUUGUUUACCUCCAUAUUGGAAGCCAACAUUUGAAAAAUUACAGAAUUUGUUUAGUUGGGAACAUGAUCAAGUAGAUUAAAAUUUGUAAGUCAUUAAAAGUAUGCCAGUCUUGGUGUUUUAUGGACUAAGGAAGGAACAUAACAGUAUGAUGGUCUCCAACUUACAAAAACCAAUUCUACAGCUGCUUAUUCUCUAGGUUUACAAAUGAAUGAAUCCCAAAAUUGGAGUAAUUGACAAAGCAAGAAACUUGUUUAAGGUUGAAGUCUCGGUGAAUAAUUUGGAGAGCUAUAGAAUUAUAUACUAGGGGGUGGCAUCAGCUGGUAAAGCAUGACCCCAGUGUGACACCAAGAUAAAUUAAGUAGAAGUAUAAUUAUGAGGCAAAAUGUGUAGUAUUGGUGGAGCAGAUAGCUCAGAAGUUACUGAAAUAUCACAAGAUUAAGAAGUUAGCAUGAAAGCAAACCAUAACCCCACAAGUAAAAAGCCCAGGAAGCCACUCUGUGAAAGUCUUUUUAAUCUCUUUUGUUCAACUCCCAUUACACCCAUUAGUUUAAGACAGAACAAAAGCUCUGCUCCAGUCCCAGGGGUGCUUUCAGCUUGCUUUCUAGAAAACAGAAUGGAGGGGAAACACUCCUUUUUUUUUUUUGAGGGAUUGUAUAUUUUGAUAUUUUAGACAGGGCAGGUUGUGGCUACUCUUGUGAGAUUAUUAAGCAACUGCUGGGAGUUGUGCACCUAAGAUAUAUUGGUCAAAGUAGUUUCAUUUGGGAGGGGGAAGAGAGGGUUUAAGGAAGGAGGCUGAAUAUUUUGGAGCAGUUUCAGCCAUUUGUAUCUUGGGUUUCUUUUCAAACUAUGGCCAAUUAAUGGAAGGGGAAAUGAGCUUGCUAAUGAAUUGCUUCACCUUCCACAGAAGUAUCCCUGGUUGGAAAGUGGACUUUCGUGGCACUUUAUAUCUGUCACCACAGUAGAGAAUGGGUUCUUUUCCCCUUCAGAGGUGUCUUGGGAAGAUACUUGUUUGGUGUCCAUGUGGGUACUGAGGUAGGGAGCUGUUUGGUUUAGCUAGAAAAAAUCCAGUGAAAGACCUUAGAGAAAUCCAUGUAGAUAAGGAAAGACCACUACCCAAAUUGUUUCAUUAUUGAGAAUCAAAUCACUUGGUAUUUCUGAUUGUUUCUUCAUCUUCAAGAUAAGGAAGUUAUGUCAGGCAUUAAGUACUUUUUUUUUGUACAAGGAUAAAAUUUGUGAAAAGAACUUAAGUAUGUGUGGGCCAUAUUUUAAAAUUUAAGGUGUAAAUAGCUUUAUGGAGUUUUGUAGAAAACACUCUAAUUGGAAUCAAAGAGCGUUACUGAAAAAAUUGACUCUACUUUUUAGCCAUUAAAAUACUAAUAUCAACUUAUUUGCAAACUUGCAACUUUCUUAUCCUAAUUCUUAUUGCUGUGUAGUGCUUUUGAGUUCACCGAGUUCAAUCACAUAGUAUUUUAAUUUUCAAAAACCGAAUGAGGUUGGUUUUAUCAUUUCCGCAUGAGAGAAUGGAUAAUUAAAAUAUGGGCUAACACGGGUUUGGAUAUGAACUAUAUAUAAACAUGGUGCCACAUGAUUAAGUUAGAUACAAAGCCCUCCCAAAGAUAUUUGCAAAAUGUGAUUAUUUUUACAGUUAUCUGAAUGAACUUAGCAAUUCAAUUUGAUACAUCAAAACUGGGGAAUUUAGCCCUGGCCAGUUUGGCUCAGCGGUUAGAGCGUCAGCCUGCGGUCCGGAGAGACCCGGGUUCGGUUCCCGCUAAGGGCACG